GCUAUCCCCGAUGAAGCUACGUUCAUUAAUUCUGGUGGUCCAGUCACAGCAGGACAACGACAGUUACCCCCACAUGUCAGUAACAAAAUACAGGAGUUAGAGGAUGGAACAUCAGUGUUGCUUACAGUGGAUCCACAGAUGGAAGCGCUUGGUCUGCCUGCCUAUCCACCUUUACCUGGAAAUACCGAUUUGGCGAAAGUAGAAGAAAUAAGACGGACAAUUUAUGUGGGGAAUCUUCCAAAGGGUGUAGAUGGCCAAGCAGUACUAGACUUUUUCAACAGUUUCGUAGGAGAGGUUAUGUACUUGCGAAUGGCUACCGGACCUGAUACGCUUCCCUGCGCGUAUGCUUAUGUCGAAUUUACCAAUCAGACUUCUGUGCCAAUUGCUCUUCAAAACAACGGCAUUGAUUAUGAAGGCAAGCCGCUGCGUUCAAUUGAGCAGCCAGUUGUUAGUGAUUUGAUAAAUUCCGGUAUUUAA